AUGACUUCUCACAACACACUCAAGGCGACUUUCGCCAGCCGAGCUGAGACGGCCACCCAUCCUCUCACGGCCUACCUUUUGCGAUUGAUGGACCUCAAGGCGUCCAACCUUUGCCUCAGCGCGGACGUCCCGACCGCUCGAGAGCUCCUCUACCUUGCUGACAAGGUUGGUCCUUCUAUCGUCGUCCUCAAGACGCAUCACGACAUCGUCGCUGGCUGGGACUUCAACCCGCAGACCGGCACUGGAGCCAAGCUCGCCGCGCUGUCCCGGAAGCACGGCUUUCUUAUUUUCGAAGACCGCAAGUUUGGCGAUAUCGGCAACACCGUGCAAAUGCAGUACGUUGCUGGCUCUGCGCGUAUUAUCGAAUGGGCCCACAUUGUCAACGUCAACAUGGUUCCCGGCAAGGCCGCCGUUACAGCCCUCUCCGAAGCUGCGACCAGAUGGCGCGAACGCUACCCUUACGAAGUGAGGACUUCGGUCACAGUUGGCACGCCAAGAUCAGAGAGCUUCGACGACUACGACGAGGACCAGGCGAACGACCUCAACGCGCAAGAACAUACCAUCGGCACUCCUCGCCCGCCCGAUGUGAACGGCCGCAAGGGCAGCAUCGUCUCGAUCACGACCUUGACCCAGCACUUCGAGCCGGCCCCCUCGCCCCGAUUCCCCCGCAACGAGUCACACGGUGACGAUAUCCUCUACGCUGGCAUCGAAGAAGCACCCAUGGAGCGUGGUCUCCUUAUUCUUGCACAAAUGUCCAGUGCGGGCAAUUUCAUGAAUAAGGAGUACACUCAGGCGUGCGUGGAGGCCGCGAGGGAAAACAAAGGUUUCGUCAUGGGCUUCGUUUCCCAGGAAAACCUCAACACCGAACCAGGAGACGCUUUCAUCCACAUGACUCCUGGGUGCCAGCUUCCUCCGGAGGGCGACGAGGAGAACGGAGGUGUCGCCGGUGAUGGCAAGGGCCAGCAGUACAACACGCCGCAAAAGCUGGUCGAGCUUUGCGGUACGGACAUUGUCAUCGUCGGUCGUGGUAUCCUCAAGGCAGGCGAUCCUCCGUCGGAGGCGGAGAGAUACCGCAGGAAGGCGUGGAAGGCGUAUCUCUCUCGGGUAGCGUAG